AUGUAUCAUGCUCUCGCCAAACAUUCAGGAUGGUCACUUACAUUAGAUUGUAAAGGUGAUUUACAUAUCGAUGAUCAUCAUUCAGCGGAGGAUACGGCAAUUACUUUAGGAAUGGCUUUUAAGAAAGCAUUAGGUGAACCUCGAGGGAUUAAGAGAUUUGGAUAUGCUUAUGCACCAUUGGAUGAGGCAUUGUCACGCGCCGUAGUUGAUAUUUCCGGAAGACCAUUCUCCGAUAUAAAUUUAAAUUUAAAACGUGAAAAAAUUGGAGAUCUAUCUACAGAAAUGUUACCUCAUGUAUUAUCAUCAUUCGCUACUUCGGCAGGAAUUACAUUACAUGUAGAUGUAAUAAAAGGAAUUAAUGAUCAUCAUAGAGCCGAGUCAGCAUUUAAAGCUCUUGCAGUAGCUUUAAGACAAGCAAUUGAAAAAACUGGUGCAAAUGAUAUUCCAAGUACAAAAGGUGUAUUAUAA